AUGAAGGGAAUAGAUAUCCUUCUAACCCUCUCCCUCCCUACCCUAAUCCUCGUCCACCUCCUCGUAGCUCCUUACACCAAAGUCGAAGAAUCUUUCAACAUCCAAGCCACUCACGAUAUUCUAAAUUAUGGCCUCCCUAUCUCAAAUAUUUCUUCUACUCUAGAUGUCUACGACCAUACCACCUUUUCUGGGGCUGUACCGAGGACCUUCUUCGGGGCACUUUCUCUGGCUGCAGUGUCUAAGCCCGUCAUACUGCUUACGCAAGGAAAGUAUGCACAGGUUAUUGUUAGAGGUGUGUUGGGAUUGUUCAAUGCGGUAUGCUUGAUCAGAUAUCGAAAUGGCUUGACCGGGGCUUUCGGAGUGGAUGUUGGACGAUGGUAUAUGGCACUGCAAGUUACGCAGUUCCAUGUGCUUUAUUAUGCGUCGAGGACUUUGCCGAAUAUGUUUGCUUUUGGUCUGACAACUUUGGCAUUCACUGAGUUUCUUCCAGCGACAGGAGGAAGUAGACCCAGAGUUGGAAUACUCCUCUUCGUCUUUGCGGGUGUAGUAUUCAGGUCCGAAAUUGCUCUGUUACUCUUCACGCAAUUGGCGUAUCUACUUGUGUUAUCGAGGAUAUCGUUAAAGACAAUCAUUCCGGCCGGUAUACAGAGUGCUAUUCUAGCUCUUGCUAUAUCAGUGCCCAUUGAUUCGUACUUUUGGCAAAAGCCAUUGUGGCCAGAAUUAGCCGGAUUCUAUUUCAAUGCUAUUCAGGGGAAGUCUUCUGAGUGGGGUACUUCUCCCUUUGUACAUUAUUUUACCUCGCUGUUACCGCGUUUACUAAUGAAUCCUUUGAUUAUAUUGCUAUUGCAUCCUCUGGCUUUGACUCUUCCAGCGACGAAGCACACCUCGAAAGAUUUGAUUGUUCCUUCGCUUUUAUUCGUUGCAAUCUACAGUCUACAGCCUCAUAAAGAGUCCAGAUUUAUCAUCUAUGUUGUUCCACCUCUUACUGCUGCAGCUUCUCUCUCAGCUUCAUAUAUCUGGACUCGUCGCUCGAAAAGUUGGCUUUAUACCUUUGGGUCUUUGGCUUUGCUUGGAUCAGUUGCAGUGAGUUUCGUGGCUUCAUCGGCUAUCCUCAUGAUAUCUUCUCUCAACUAUCCAGGCGGAGACGCUCUUUCCCAGCUUCAUACCCAUAUCCUCAAGGAUCUCUCAAGAUCUCCUCGUACACAACGCACGCAAGAGCGAAAUAUCUCAAUCCAUAUGGAUGUUCUGUCUUGUAUGACAGGAAUCACCCGUUUCCAACAAUACCCAUCUCUUCCACUACGUUUUCCACAAAAUCAAAAUAUCACGCUGAACUACGAUAAAACAGAAGAUUCUCCCGAAUUGGGUGAAGCAGCUUUUUGGAUGAAAUUCGAUUAUGCGUUGAUGGAAGAGCCUGGCUUGGCGAUUGGUAAAUGGGACGUUCUGGAUACGAUAUUUGCUUAUGCAGGUAUUGAGAUCUUAAGGCCAGGGGAUGGAAGUAGUUUCUCGGAGAGGCUGGAAGGCGUUUAUAGGGCGAAUAAUGUCACUGUUGGGGAAGAAGGAGAAGCCCCCAGUGCUGAGGAUGUUAAGAGGAUAGAGGAAGAGGGGACGCGAAAUGUUAAGGGAAAUAGCGAAGGGAAUGGGUUUCUUGAUCUCAAGACGAAAUUGAUGUUUGAAGAAAUGAACAAAUUUGGGACAUAUAACUUGCUCAGGGAUGCGGGGAGAUUAGUAACUGGUGGGUGGUGGAUAGGUCCCAGGAUGGAAGGGAGGAUUAGAAUUCUGAGGAGAAUCGGAGAUGAAAAGAAUUGGAAGGAGGAGCAGGAGGAGCAGAGGGAAAAGGAGAGGCUUAAAGAGGGUGAGAAGGAAGAUGCUGAUGGGGUGGAGAUGGCGGCAUUGUGA